CUCCCACAUUCUUUGACACUACCACAUACUUCUCCUUCUCUCUCUCUCUCUUCCUCUCUGACAGCAAAUAUGGUACAAUCAAAGAAGUUCAGAGGGGUCAGGCAACGCCACUGGGGCUCCUGGGUUUCUGAGAUUCGUCAUCCAUUACUGAAAAGAAGGGUGUGGCUUGGGACAUUUGAGACAGCUGAAGAAGCAGCAAGAGCGUAUGAUGAGGCGGCAAUUUUGAUGAGUGGGAGAAAUGCCAAAACAAACUUUCCAGUCUUCACAAAUGAAAUGGCUGCAGCUAACGAUCUUAACAACAAUUCUAGCAACAGCAACAACAACUCUUCCACCUCUUCCACAACACUUUCAGCAAUCCUCAGUGCCAAGCUUCGCAAGUGCUGCAAGUCCCCGUCUCCUUCCCUCACUUGCCUGAGGCUGGACACAGAGAAUUCCCUCAUCGGGGUCUGGCAAAAGGGUGCUGGACCCCGGUCGGAUUCAAACUGGCUGAUGAUGGUUGAGCUGGACCAGAAGAGUCGUUUGCAAGCACCCCAAUCAGAAAUUAGUAGUAGUACCUCUUGUGCUUUGGAUACUGAGGGAAUGGCAGGUGGGCAGGAAGGUGGGGAUGUUGAUAAUAGGAUGAUGGAUGAGGAGGAAAGGGUUGCAUUGCAGAUGAUAGAGGAACUUCUGAAUAGAAAUUGACUAAAUUUGCUACUUAAGUUGGUAUAAUCCCUAUCAAUCAUCACAUGGAGGUUGAUCAACUCACCAAAGUGUGCGAGGGAUGACCAUGUGCUUAGUCUUGUCAAUGGGAUUGUUUCUUCGUGUGACUGUGAGUCUGUGACCUCAUAAGGAGGAGAAAAUAUAUUACGUAUACGUCUCCAUCUAUCUCCAUAUAUUUGUAAUCCCCUAUAAAAUGUGUCACUCUAGAAACUCUUUGGUUGGUAUACGAAAUAAGGAACACACGUGAGAGGAAAUACUAGUCACAAUAUAUUUGUUAAAAUUAGGGCUUGCGAUGAGAUAUGUGUAAUAACCAAAAUUGAUUGAUU